AUGAACUCUACUUUUCUCUUUUCUUCCCUCCACACGACUUUUCUUCCUAAUAUUGCCACUUACCUCGCUUUUCUUCUCUCCAUUUUCUCUUUCCACCAUCUCUAUUUUUCUCUAUUCUUCCCAACCUCUGAACCUUUUUUUUCUUCUCUUCAUCUCCAUUUUUCUCUCUUUUCUUCCCAACAUCCCCACUUAUCUCAUAUUUCUUCUCCCCAUUACCACUUGUUUCUAUUCCCCCCUCCCUUAUCUCUACACUCCACUCCCCAUGAAUCCCUUAUCUCCUAUAUCCCUUUUGAUCUUUCCUUUAUCUCACUUUCUCCCUCUCAUAUUCUUUCUCCUACAUCACUCCCUCUCUUUUCUCCUUUUUCCCCCACUCUCUAUUUCAAUCCAUUCUUUAUCUUGUGUUCUUUUCUCUUUAUCUCUUCAUACUUUUCUUUCUUCCUUCUUCUUUCCCAUUCUAAUCUUCAACUCCCUUCCUUCCCACUGAAAAUCUGA